GUCCCCCUUCCUUCUCUCUCUCUCUCUCUCUCUCCGUUUCGCGCACUCUGCAAGCUGAACUCGCCGAGCUCGGAGCUCCAGCCCCGACCGUCCCCCCCGCCACCUCCGCCGGAGCUGCUUCCUCCUCCUCCUCCGGCGACCGCCGCUUCGGAUCUGCAUCGCCGCGGGCUCCCCUCCUUCCGGUCGCCGGAGCUCGCCCCCUCUCGGCGGGUUCUUGCAUGUGCCGUCGCGUGGUUCGGGUUCCGCUUCCCCGGCGAGCGCUGUUUCGAUCGCGAGCGGUCGGGGCGAUGUUCUCGCGUCGCGGCGGUUCGAGCGGGUGAUGCGGGCCGGGGGCUGCGGUUCUAGCUGAAGCGAGAGGCGUCUGGGGAGGGGCGGGUAGAGAGAGAGAGAGAGAGACAGAGCGAGCGCGGCAUGGGAUCUGGGAACGGGUUCUAUCCGGUCGGGGAGCUGGAUGUGGAGGCGAAGUGGCUGAUCGAUCCCAAGCACCUCUUCGUCGGGCCGAAGAUCGGGGAAGGCGCGCACGCCAAAGUCUACGAGGGCAAGUACAAGAACCAGACGGUUGCUGUCAAGAUUGUCCACAGGGGCGAUACUCCCGAAGAGGUUGCCAAGAGAGAGGCGAGGUUCGCGAGGGAGGUUGCUAUGUUGUCCAGAGUCCAGCACAAGAAUUUAGUCAAGUUUAUUGGAGCUUGUAAGCAUCCCGCCAUGGUUAUAGUCACUGAGCUACUACUGGGGGGAACGCUGCGGAAAUACUUGCUCAACAUGCGACCCAACUGCUUGGACAUGGGCGUGGCAGUCGGUUUUGCGCUUGAUAUUGCCCGCGCAAUGGAGUGCUUGCACUCGCAUGGCAUCAUACAUCGUGAUUUGAAACCUGAGAACUUGAUCUUAACUGCAGAUCACAAAACAGUUAAACUUGCGGAUUUUGGCUUAGCUAGAGAAGAGUCUCUGACUGAGAUGAUGACGGCUGAAACCGGAACAUAUCGUUGGAUGGCCCCAGAACUUUACAGCACGGUCACUUUGAGACAUGGAGAGAAGAAGCACUACAAUAACAAGGUGGAUGCCUACAGCUUUGCAAUUGUGUUAUGGGAGCUGAUCCAUAACAAGGUUCCUUUCGAAGGCAUGUCUAAUCUCCAGGCAGCAUAUGCAGCUGCUUUUAAGAAUGUACGUCCCAGCGUAGAUAACCUGCCAGAGGACCUAGCUUGUAUCGUAUCGUCAUGUUGGAAAGAGGAUCCGAAUGAUCGGCCCAACUUCAGUCAGAUAAUUCAGAUGCUCCUUCACUAUCUUUCAACGAUUUCCUUACCGGAGCCAGUUAUUCCCCAGCGCAUUUUCACCUCGAAAAAUUCCGUACUACCUCCGGAGUCUCCAGGUACAAGCGCUCUAAUGGCUAAUACAAGGGAGAACUCAGGCGGCACCCCGACAAGCGAGAUGGAGCCCAGGUGGAGGAGCUUCUUCUUCUGUUUUAACCAAUGUUACUGAUUCCCUGGAACGGUUAUAUAUACAUGAAGUUAUUCAGAUUCCUCUCUAGGUUAGAGCAAUAAAUCUUAGCCCCAAAGAGGUUUAUCUAGGUAAACAUCAGUUAAUUAGGAAGUCGCGGUUAUACCUGAUAUUUAUCGCAUGGCACACUGGCCGCUCCCUAGAAAUUUGACCUAGUUUGGUUCCAAAAUGACAAAAAGCAGAGGGAACUUGUAAUUUUGGAGGUGGGGGUUGCUGUGAUGUAGUUUUGUCAUUUGUAAAAACAUAAGGUUCAUCCAAAGGCCUUUACUCCUAUUCUGCUUGUAAUAAUGGAACAAUCUCCUAUUGGUA